CACACUCCGGUCGUCCGUAGGGCGGUCCGUAUGCUCGACCUGUGUAGUUCACUUGGCUGUGGUUGUUGCGUUCAGUCACAUCGAGUUUUUGAAGUAGUUUGAUACACAAAUAGCUACGCCCGGCGCAGUGUCCCCACGUUACUAUACCCACGCCGUCUGCAUCACCAUUCAGUCCUCAGCCACCGUUCAAGUACUUCCUUUUUCGCCUCCGCAAGCAAUAAAGGAAGAACUGUAAAAUAAAACGAAGACAAGAACAAUACGUAGUUGUCAGAAACGCGAGAUAUUUAGUAAAGGUGCGUCAUUUUUGUGCUCGCAUUUACUUAUCACGCUGUGAUAGUGGCUACACAGUGUACGAAUUAUAUAGGAGCUGUGAAUUAGGAAUAUAUAUCUGUAGAUUACUUUAAAAGUUUUGCUGCCUUUGUAUUACAGUCGAUUGUUAUCGUUUCGCAGUAUCGAAUCUCAAAUAAAACAUAAUCGCCCAAUAGUAUUUGUUCUUUUUUCUAAUUCUGUAUUCAAUUAAGAAGAGUUUGCAUAUCAUUUACAUACAAGCGAUAUUUUCUAAAUACAUCAUCCAGUUUCGCAUCAUUGUAGUACGAAUAUAUAAUUGAAGAAAAUUACACUUUUCAGAGGAUGAUUUACCUGUUUAAUAAUCUAAACACUGAUUCAUAUUUUGCCUGAAACUAAUUUAAUAGAAGCGACUUCGAAGUGAUAUAUGAGUGUUGUGCUUCCUUUGCUUUCAACAUAGUGCGUUUCUUAAAGCAAGUGCUGUGAAUCUCUUUCUGUUUCGUCAACGAAGAUUUGCUCUCAUAUUUAGAAAAUUUCUGGCCGCUGCACACCAAAUAGAACUUACAGUUUAAACGAAGGUUCUGUCAUCGACGAUGGAAAUUUCAUGAACAACCUCGUGCUUUAUUGUCGCUGUAAGUGCUACUAGCUGCAGUGUGAGAAUGCCGGAACAGUCCAACGACUAUCGCGUUGUGGUGUUUGGAGCAGGUGGUGUAGGGAAGAGCUCCUUGGUGCUUCGGUUUGUGAAGGGGACAUUUCGAGAAUCAUACAUCCCCACCAUUGAAGACACAUACCGCCAAGUGAUCAGCUGUAACAAGAACAUCUGCACACUGCAAAUCACAGACACCACAGGGUCACACCAGUUUCCUGCCAUGCAGAGGUUGUCCAUAUCCAAGGGUCAUGCUUUCAUACUCGUGUACUCUGUCACGUCUCGCCAGAGUCUGGAAGAACUGAGGCCAAUCUGGGAUGUCAUACGGGAGAUGAAGGGAGCUGAUCUUGCCACCAUUCCUGUCAUGCUUGUUGGCAAUAAGUGUGAUGAAACAGAAAACAGAGAGGUGGCAACAACAGAGGGUGAGGCUGAGGCAUCACGCUGGGGAUGCAACUUCAUGGAAACUUCAGCCAAAACAAACCACAAUGUGAAGGAACUAUUCCAGGAACUGCUCAAUAUGGAAAAGAACAGGAACAUUUCACUUCAGCUGGACUCGAAAAAAAGCAGUCGUCAGAAACUGCCUGGCUCGAACAAGAUUAAAGAAAAGUGCAGUGUCAUGUGAAUUAAGAGCUCAACUUGCAAUAUAUGUUAUGUUACUUCAUUGGCAGCUUGUUGAUGAAUAACGCAGAUGUGAUUCUGUUUUGUACAAAAUAUUUGAGAGAUUAAAAGUGACCAGAUGCACACA